AGAAUGCUGUCGGGUGACCUCAUUGUUGACGGUCGCCACAGAGCGAAGGCGCGCGCUUUCUCAAACUCUCCGCAGCUUUCCGUCUCACCUUCAGCUCCCUAUCAACAAGCGAUGUCUUCUCGCUAUAAACACUGCGCCGACAGUGACUACAGGACUGAAGAAAACAGGAACAAACGACAAAGAUGGUCUCAUUGCAGGAAACGGGACGCUGAUGGGAACGUAAGAAGAUCCCGCGAUGAGUCUGAGACCCACACUUCAGAUGGAAGAGGAUCGAACAGGCCAGAAUGCUUCACAACUCCAGAAAGUGCAGGACCUAUGUCGAGAAUAAGAGACUGGGCAGAGGAAGUGGAGAAUGACGAAAUGCGCACUAGCGUUCGACGGGACAUAGAGCGUUACAGACGGCGGAUACUGACUGGAGAUUCUGUUCAAAGAGAGAGGAAAAUGUCAUCUGGAAGUUCAGACUCACGAGACUCCAGAGAUUCUCCUGUACCCGGGGACAUCGAGACUGACGAGACCGUCCUGAUGAGGAGACAAAAGCAGAUUAACUAUGGGAAGAACACCCUCGCCUAUGACAGAUACGUUAAAGAAGUUCCCAAGCACUUGAGAAAACCAGGGCUUCAUCCACGAACUCCCAACAAAUUUAAGAAAUACAGCCGCCGCUCCUGGGACCAGCAGAUAAAACUGUGGAAAGUCAAACUUCAUGCGUGGGACCCUCCUGCUGAUGAAGGAAGUGAUCUGCAAGCUGUAGAUCUGGGCGAGGUCAUGGACUUUGAGCUGGACGUGGAGUGCUCAGUGGAUCCUGACCCAGAAGCAUCGAGCUCAAAAUCUAGUAGUUCUUCAUUAUUCCCUGAGGUUGAUUUGUUGCGGGACUCAGGAACCCCCCACAAGAUGAUGAAGAUAGACGAAGCCGAGAUGGCUUAACUGCUCUCACUGAUGCUCUGAUAAUGCGAGAGAACUGUUAACGCACUGAACCUCACCUGAUUUUACUGUUAAUAUUCUAUGUUUAUGAUUGCUUUUUUUUUCUUUUUCUU